CAGCUGUUAGCAGACAGAUGACAGAUGUAAACAUAACCUCCCCUGCCCUGACAGUGUCAUUCAGAAGGUAGCUGACAUUUGUAGGCUCAGCCAAUUUAGUUUACACUGUGGGCUCGAAAAGCGAAAUGUUGUGAUAAUUUAUAUGUAUUACUUACUUUUGAAAGUGUCCUUUAAUUAAGCGUCUUUCAUCUCUUUCCAUCAUGACUAGUCUGUUUGAUCAGUUUGAACAGCCUACAUCAAAAUCAAAGUCAACAAUGGUACCAAUACGGCCAGAAAUGAGUACCACGGGUUUUAUUCACAUGAAGCUUGAAGAGGAGACUCCAAUAUUUGUCAGACAGAGAGUCAACUUUUCACCUCCUGAUUCUAUUACUCAUUUAGUUGUGAGCAAUAACCUACUUGUUCUAGCCAUGGCAAAUCAACACCUUCUCAGAAUUGACCUUCAGCAGCCUGACAAAACUGAAGAAGUUGACAUCAGUAAGACUUUGUCCAACCAGCUUAGACUCUCAGGAUUAUAUCUUGAUCCAUCUGGAGAACACCUCCUCUUACCCACAGUGUCUCGCCAACAAGGAGAGAUACAACCUUACUGUCAGCUGUUCUACCUGAACAGACGUUCUACCAAAGUCAAACAGAUUAGUAAAUUUCGAGGAUCAGAGGUAACAUCAGUUGCAUGGAGUUUUAAUAUGACAGCCGAAUCUACAACAGGACCAAUUCUAUUAGGCACAUCCAAAGGAGCUAUUUUUGAGAUGGAGAUUAAAAUUGAUGGGGACAGAAUUUUUGGAAAUAGCCUUGAGCAAUACUGUAAACAGGUCUUUGAUAUUGGCAAGCAAGCAAGCAACAUCCCUAUAACUGGCUUAGAGUUCCAUCGAAUACCCGGCACUGAGACUUAUUUCAUCAUUGUAACUACCCUUGACCGAAUUUAUGAGUUUGUAGGAUCUGCAAGCAACAUUGAAGAAAGACCAUUCCUUCCUCAAAUUUUCAACAAUUACCUCAACAAACCAGAACAAUUUGUAAGCAUGGCAUCAAAGUUGAAAUAUUCAAAGCUGCAAUUUUAUUACCCCUCUGGAACAAGCCAACCAACACAGUGUGCAUGGCUAGUUGAGCAAGGACUGUACUGUGGAGAGAUUGAUUUGAGCUUCAGUUAUGAUAAAGUUAUAGCAGAACAAGACUUGCUCCACUUUCCAUCCACAGCACCAAUCUCAUUUAUUCUUACUCAAUUCCAUGCCUUGCUCAUGUAUGCUGAUCACAUCAAAGGUGUAUCUCUCCUAAACCAUGAAGUGGUUUUUGAAGAUGUUUUAAAUGAGCCUAUUGGAAAGCUCAUUAACAUUACAAAGGACCCACUGAAGGGUACCGUUUGGGCUUUUACAGAAAAAUCUGUGUUUAAAUAUAAAGUGACAAAAGAAGAUCGAAAUGUAUGGCAAAUCUACAUUGAAAAGGGAAAAUUUGAUUUGGCCAAGAAGUAUUGUGGUAAUAACCCUGCUUUUAUGGACCAAGUACUUGUUCGUCAAGCAGAAAUGUUUUUUGAGAACAAACAGUAUGAUGAAAGUGCUGUACAUUAUGCUCAAACUCAAUCUUCAUUUGAAGAAAUCUCAUUAAAAUUCCUCAAAGUACGGCAAAUGCAAGCCCUUAAGCUUUUCUUAAAGAAGAAAUUAGAUUUAUUGCGCCCUCAAGAUAAGACUCAAAUUACAAUGAUUGUGAUAUGGGUGCUGGAAUUGUUUUUGAAUCAAUUAGGUGAACUCAGAGACAAAAAACUGGAAAACUCACUUGAUUAUAUUGAACUUCAGAAAGAGUUUGACUCAUUUCUGAAAGAGAAAAUGGUUAUGGAAUGUGUGAAACUUAACAGUGAAAAGGUUUAUAGCUUGAUUGCUAGCCAUGGAGAUAAAGCUAACCUUGUUAAGCUGACAAGUGUCAACAGAGAUUUUGAGAAAGUUAUCCGUCAUCACUUGUACAAAGGCGACUAUCGAGAGGCUCUUGAAGUUUUGAAGUCCCAGGAUAGAAAAGAGCUCUUUUAUGAAUUUGCUCCAGCUCUUAUGCAAGCAGAGCCAAAGCAAACAGUUGCUGCUCUAAUAUCACAGGGUCGUGCUCUUAAACCCGUCAGUCUAUUACCUGCCCUUAUUGCCUGUGACUUACGUGAUCCAAAAGCUGUUGAUGAAGCUAUAUAUUAUCUUGAGUUUGCUGUUCACAAGCUGCAUGCUAAUGAUCAUGCUAUACAUAAUUAUCUUCUCAUGCUGUAUGCAAAGUUCCAACCCACCAAACUGAAGAAAUAUCUGGCCACUCAAGGGGAAGAUGUCUCUACUGUUCAUUAUGAUCCACAUUAUGCAUUGCGGUUGUGCCGGGAACACAAAUUAAAUGAAGCCUGUGUUCAGUUGUCUGCACUCCUUGGGCUAUGGGAGUCUGCUGUUGACCUUGCCCUUUCAGAAAAUAUCCAGCAAGCAAAGGACAUAGCUUCCCAGCCUCAGUAUGAUACAGAGUUGCAGAAGAAGCUUUGGUUAAAAAUUGCCAAACAUGUUGUCAGUGAAAAAAAUGACAUCCAGCAAGCUAUGGAAUUCUUGAAACAAUGCCCUCUUGUUAAAAUAGAAGACAUUUUACCGUUCUUUUCAGAUUUUGUAACAAUCGAUCAUUUUAAGGAUGCAAUUUGCACAUCUUUGCAGGUAUACAAUCAAAGAAUCAAGGAUCUCAAGGAUGACAUGGAAGAAGCUUCCAAGUCGGCUGAAAUUAUCAGAGAUGAAAUUCACUCGUUCCGUAAAAGGUAUACAGUAGUGGGAAGUAAUGAUGUCUGCCAAGAAUGUUCUCUGCAGCUAUUGCUGAGACCAUUUUACCUGUUUCCUUGUGGACACACAUUUCAUUCAGAUUGUCUACUGAACGAGCUUUUACCUGCCUUACCUCCAGGAAAACGUAGUAAGCUCCAAGAGUACCGUCGACAACUUGCUUCCAUGUCCUCCAAAGAUGAUGCUAUUUCAAUCAAUUCUACCAGCAUAUCGGCUAGAGACCAGCUUAAAGCUGAUAUUGAUGCAAUUGUGGCAUCCGAGUGUCUCUAUUGUGGAGAAAUGAUGAUCAAAUCCAUUGAUCGGCCUUUUGUUGAGGAUGAUGAAUAUGAACAAAUAAUGAAAGAAUGGGAAUAGCCUUUUAUUUCAUACCCUUCAUACUGAUUAUUCUAAUCAAGAACUGGUCUCGAAAGAGUUCAUGUGUUGUUAAAAAUCUCCCAAGGACUGUCAAACUUGUUCUUUCUUAUCUAUCCUUUUUAAUUAUAAUUAUAAGCACCUUUAAAUAAUAGUGCUGCUGUGAUACUGAUACACUUCUGAUAGCUGUUUAUAUUUUAUUUGUUAUAAUUAAUGUGUCAUGUCAGGCUUUUUAUUCACAUUGAGUCUAGGAGAGGUCCCUUUCACAUGCUAUUAUGUAGGGAGCUAUUAUGACCAUAUGUGUGGUCCUGUGGGACUCAACAAGUUCAUCCAGUAUCCAUUAACUAUGCAUGUGUAUUACGAGUCAGAUUGUAGUACUACCAUUUAUUGCAUAUUAUGAAAAAUAGUUGUUAGGAAUAAAGUUUGUUAUUAUUUGUUACAUGGGUGAAAUAAACCAUCAUAAACUACACUAAA